UUUAUAUAGAAGACAGAGAGGCCCCGCCUCCAUUCGCACGUCUAUGUAUAAAUAUCAACGACCGAGUUGUUUUUGUUAGACAGCAUUGCGGUAGAUAUUUCCGGACGUGGAGGGACUUAUCCAUCCAAACCUUUUCAAAUGGGCCCCGUCGCCUAGCGUUUUCUCCCCAAAGCCUCCGACUGAAUCGAGCAGGGUGCUCUAAUAACAUCAGCACGAGCGGCAAAAGAAGGUUUCCAUCUAAGUCACGAUUUACACAAGUCUGUAAAAUGGCAGCCAUCCCAGCUAGUGGUUCUCUUGUUGCCACUCAUGACUACUACAGAAGGCGCAUUGGCUCUACAUCCAGUAGCAGCUCGUGUGGAAGUUCAGAGUACAGUGGGGAGGUUAUUCCACAUCAUCCUGGUCUGCCCAAACAGGAUUCUGGUCAUUGGUGGUCCAGUUUCUUCUUUGGGAAGCAGAACCAGCCUGGUAUGGGAACUCUUACUGAGGAGGCUCAGCAGAAGUCAGGGGUGGUGAGUGUGACCAAUGGGCAGGUGACAUGUGUUGCCCGGGAGAUGGUGAUGAGGCAAGCGAGCGAAUGUAGCGAUGGAGGCAAGUCGGAGGCGGGGAGUUCUCCUCAUUCCUGAAUCCGAGACCAGAUCAGGACACCAACGCUAGGGGACGGAAAUGGCUCCCUUUUUUUUCUUUUAAUUUCCCAUCCAUAUAAUGGGCUGUUUUAGUACUUUUUCAUCUUUCUUUUUUGUAUUCAUUGUUUUAUAUAUCAUGUAAUAAAUGGAUGAGCUGAAACUUGCAAAAAGAAUUUUGUACAUUUUUACACAUCUGUAACACUGAUGGAGAUUUUGUUACUUGUUAUUGUCUUAACCUGUGUUUUUCAGCACAAUAAAUUGUCUUAAACAGCCCA